AUGUCGGGCCUACGCUUCCUUGACCUCAUCAAGCCCUUUACGCCGCUUCUGCCAGAAGUGGCCGCGCCCGAGUCGAAGAUCAACUUCAACCAGAAGUUGAUGUGGACAGGAUGCACACUUUUAAUAUUCCUGGUCAUGAGUCAGAUGCCACUGUACGGCAUCGUCUCAUCAGACACCUCCGACCCGAUAUACUGGCUGCGUAUGAUGCUGGCCAGUAAUAGAGGUACAUUGAUGGAGCUGGGAACGACACCCAUCAUCUCCUCGGGCAUGGUCUUCCAGCUCCUCGCCGGAACCCACCUCAUCGACGUCAAUCUCGACCUCAAAGCCGACCGCGAGUUGUACCAGACCGCACAGAAGCUCUUCGCAAUCAUCCUCUCCUUCGGUCAAGCUUGCGUAUUCGUCCUCACCGGUCUUUACGGCCAGCCUAGCGAUCUGGGCGCCGGCAUCUGUCUCCUCCUGAUCGUACAGCUAGUCCUGGCUGGCCUGGUCGUCAUCCUUCUCGACGAGCUGCUACAAAAGGGCUACGGCCUAGGAUCCGGCAUCUCCCUCUUCAUCGCAACCAACAUCUGCGAGUCCAUUGUCUGGAAGGCAUUCUCGCCCACCACAAUCGAUACCGGCCGCGGAAAAGAGUUCGAAGGCGCAAUCAUCGCCCUGGUCCACCUCCUGGUGACCUGGCCCGACAAGACACGUGCCCUCCGCGAGGCCUUCUACCGCCAGCACCUCCCCAACGUCAUGAACCUCCUGGCCACCCUCGCCGUCUUCGGCAUGGUCAUCUACCUCCAGGGCUUCCGCGUCGAGAUCCCCGUCAAAUCCUCCCGCCAACGUGGCAUGCGCGGAUCCUACCCCGUCCGCCUCUUCUACACCUCCAACAUGCCCAUCAUGCUGCAGUCCGCCCUGGCCUCCAACAUUUUCAUGAUCAGCCAGAUGCUCUACACCCGCUUCUCCGACAACCUCCUCGUUAAGCUCUUCGGCACAUGGGAACCCCGCGAGGCUCCUCCCAGCUCUACGCCCCUCCUGGACCCGAUUCACACGGUUAUCUACAUCGCUUUCAUCGUCGUCGCCUGCGCUCUGUUUUCCAAGACCUGGAUCGAGGUCUCCGGCUCCGCUCCUCGCGAUGUCGCGAAGCAACUCAAAGAUCAGGGGCUCGUCAUGGCUGGUCACCGUGAGCAGAGCAUGUACAAGGAGCUCAAACGCGUCAUUCCCACCGCGGCGGCCUUUGGAGGUGCCUGCAUUGGCGCGUUGUCCGUCGCUAGCGACAUGAUGGGUGCGCUGGGAAGUGGAACUGGAAUCUUACUCGCCGUCACCAUCAUCUAUGGCUACUUCGAGAUCGCCGCCAAGGAAGGCGAAUUCGGGCAGGGUCUGAAAGGUCUGGUCAUGUAA